AUGGAGGAGCUUCUUUCUCUUCUUGUAGCUCAAGAUGAGACGAGUUCCAGGCAUACAUUGCCGCCAUCCGACUUUCCCUUAGAUGCGGCGAAAACAGUCUUUACGGCAAAGAAUCUGGUCGACUAUGCUUCGGCAUAUUUCAAACAUUUCCAUCACCACUGUCCACUGGUUCAUAAAGCAACGUUUGAAUUAGAAACGGCUCCCAUCCACCUGGUUCUUGCUAUAUUCUUCUGUGGAUUGAUUAGAGUCGCACCUCAUCACGAUACGUCAACCAAUCGAAGUUUCUUCUGCCUUGGGGAAGAUUACAUUUACGGGCUCUUACAGAACGUAGUGGCAAAUGAUGACGGAAGUUCUAUGGAGAAUGACGUCGAAAUAGUCCAAGCUGCCCUGAUCAUGCUCUUUUUGCAGAUUGCUUCCAGUGAUGCGGUCACUCGGCAUAGGAUCCGAGUGAACAGACAUCCAGAACUGGUUGCCUCUCUACGAGCACUCGGCUUGAUGGAAGCGAAGCGUACUGUGGGCUGCAGCGCUUCCCAUUGGAAGCAAUUCAUCACUGAAGAGAUUAGAGUUAGAACCGCGACCUGGGUGAUUGCCGCGGAUUGCUGGUGUACACUUCUUUUCAACAAUCGUCCGCAAAUAACCAUAUCGGAAAUGAUUGGAGACUUGCCCUGCGCCGGAGAGUUAUUUGAAGCUUCCACGGCAGCUGAGUUUGAGGUUAUAGCUACUUCGCUAGCUUAUUCCAUUCAGUCUCCGCCAUGCCUAAGAGAUUGGGUUUCAUCAUUAAUGCAAGAGACAUGGUUAGGUCCUGAAGAAGCUCAUUCCCAUUUAAUGGGCUUGGGACAUUUACAAUUAUGUCUUCUUGCUCUCAACUCUGUCAUUUUCGCCUGGCGGACUAGUCUCUUAAUUUCUUCAUCAUCUCACUACCUCCUUCGUGCGAUGAACAGGUGGAAAGAGCAUUGGGAUGUUGUUUAUGCAAGGUACACGAAGGAACAAGUGCAGGCUAUCGGAAUCGCUAGGCAUAGUCCAGAGACGUGGACUGUUGCGCGGAUGCUUAUCGAAGUUGCGCAGUCGAAGAACUUAAGAGGCCGAUAUGCGAGAGGAAUUCCAACGGAUUCUUUAAAGGACUUUCACGAAUUCAUCCGCUUGUACAGGAUGGAUCCCUCGGAAAACGACAAAUAA